AUGGCAACAGCAGUCCCGGACGUGGUGCCAGGGACGAUCCAUCUGAUCGAUACUCUGCAUCAUACAACUCACAACCAUGAUAUUGUUCUCAAUCCUCGUCCUAGCGCCGAUCCGGAAGAUCCGCUUAACUGGAAACCUUGGAGGAAGCAAUUGAACAUCUGGAUGGUGUACACGUACAUCUUCGGAGUUGCCAUUGCCACUGCUGUGCAGUACUCUGUGCUCACAAACAUCUCUGAAGAGACCGGUAUAUCCGUCGCCGACCUCAACACGGGAACCGGCUUGAUGUUCCUCUUCUUAGGCUGGGGAUGCCUCGUCUGGCAACCUAUUGCUUUGGUCUUCGGUCGUCGAGGUGUUUAUAUUCUCAGCAGCCUUCUUGCAAUCGGGCCCAUGGUGUGGACAGCGUACUCCCACUCGGCAGGAGAAUGGUGGGCGCACAGAAUCCUAAUUGGCAUCAUUGUCGCUCCGGCCGAAUCUCUGCCUGAGGUCUCGGUACCAGAUCUCUUCUUUGCUCACGAUCGUGGUCUUUACAUCGGCCUCUAUGCUUUGUUCGUAUUCGGAGGCAACGCUCUAGCGCCCUUCUUCGCCGGAUUCAUCACAGACGCACUGGGGUGGAAAUCUGCCAUAUGGUUUGGUACCAUCGUGCUUGCCGUCACCACCGUUAUCAUCUUCUUUGGCCUCGAAGAAACAAUGUAUUUCCGGGAGACCAUAGAGGGCCUGGACGAAGGAGAGGCAAUUAAGGACAAUGAACCUGUCCGGGAGCCAUCAGUACAACCCACAGAGAUUGAUGAGAAAGCCCCCAGACUUGUACAGGGCCAGGUCGUCUCUUCAACCAGUCGGGAAGCACACACAUAUGUGCCUCCUCGGACUUAUCUACAGAAACUGGCGCUCUUUCGGAAUGUUCCGGGUCGUCCAUCCGUCAGGCAGAUGUUCAUCAUGAUGUAUCGACCUCUGCUCAUCUUUUUCCAUUUUCCGUCCGUCGAUUGGGCGGGGUUUCUGUACGGCGUCUCGCUGUCUUGGUACAACGUGUGCAACGCGACAAUGAGUCUGAUCUUAAGUGGGGCACCGUACUACUUUUCACCAACAUCGGUCGGCUUGGCCUUUCUCUCUCUGUUUGUGGGCGCCGUUCUCGGUGCUCUGUGGGCCGGUUAUGCCGGGGACAAAGCGGCCCUCUAUCUCGCCCGUCGCAACGGUGGCGUACGUGAGCCUGAGCAUCGCCUCUGGGUACUUCUGGUCUCCGGCAUCAUUGGAGCUGUUGGCUUUAUUCUCUGGGGUGUUGGUGCUGCAAAUGGGAUUCACUUCAUGGGCUUGAUCAUCGGCGUCGGCAUGGUCGAGUUUGGAGUUGUCGCGGGUGGAUCGACAUCCUUAGCCUACGACAUCGACUGCUUCAAGGAAAUCGCGGGGGAAACGCUCAUCUUGGUCAUCGUCAUCCGCAACACGAUGGGGUUCGGAAUGUCGUAUGGAAUCACCCCAUGGCUCGCGGCGCAAGGGCUGACCAAGACUUUUGUCGCUGUGGCCAUGCUCUCGUUGGGCACCACAUUGACAUUCUUGGUGUUUGUUGUCUACGGAAAGGCUCUGCGCAAGUGGUCGGCGAGAAAGUAUUGGGAGUAUGUCAGCACAUUGGUCAUAAAGGUCGAGCAUUGA